GCUGGUCCCGAACGGGCUGGGGGAGGGGAGCGCGCGGCCGACAGUUUCAGGGAGAAAGCAAAAGGCAGGCUCGAGGCUGCCUUUCGGUGCUCUCCUUGCUUGCAGUUCCUCCCGCUUUGCUGCCCUGGGAGUCGCGACCUCCAGCACAGGACAAAUUAAUUCUUUUUAAGGUCUUAUGCAUAUAAAGUUGCUUUAUUAAUCUUUCUGAAACCAUGACAUUCAAGGAGUCAUGAUCACGAUGAUGACGGUCAGAUCUAGGGCUUACUGUGGAGAGACACAGUUCCAAGUACUUUAGUCCUCACACUAAACCCAUUAGGAUGUGGGGCCACAAGUUGUCGCAUCUACAAAGCAGGCUCCAGGACCUGCUGAAGGGAGGAGUUGUACAUUGGGCCCUUCAACAGUGCAAUUUCAAAAGCUUAUUUCCAUUAGCUAUCAAUUCUAUCAAUUGGCACCAUACAGCCUCCAAAUCUCUGACCUGUGCUUGGCAACAACAUGAAGAUCAUUUUGAAUUGCAGUAUGCUAACACCAUGAUGCGCUUUGAUUAUGUUUGGCUUCGAGACCACUGCCGCUCAGCAUCUUGCUACAACUCUAAGACUCACCAGCAGCUGGACACUGCCAGUGUGGAUUUGUGUAUCAAGCCAAGGACCAUUCGUCUGGAUGAGACCACACUCUUUUUCACUUGGCCAGACGGUCAUGUGACUAGAUAUGAUUUGGAUUGGCUGGUGAAAAACAGCUAUGAAGGGCAGAAACAAAGGAUCAUCCAGCCUAGAAUUUUAUGGAAUGCUGAAAUCUUCCAGCAAGCCCAAGUUCCAUCUGUAGAUUUCCAGAGCUUCUUAGAAACCAAUGAGGGACUAAAGGACUUUCUGCAAAACUUUCUGCUCUAUGGGAUUGCCUUUGUAGAAAAUGUUCCUCCCAUUCAAGAACACACAGAGAAGUUGGCAGAAAGGAUCAGCUUGAUCAGAGAAACUAUCUAUGGAAGGAUGUGGUAUUUCACUUCAUACUUCUCCAGGGGUGACACUGCAUACACCAAGAUGGCUCUGGAUCGGCACACUGAUACUACCUAUUUUCAAGAGCCCUGUGGCAUUCAAGUGUUUCACUGUCUUAAGCAUGAAGGAACAGGUGGCAGGACACUGCUAGUAGAUGGAUUCUAUGCAGCAGGACAGGUACUUCAAAAGGCGCCUCAGGAAUAUGAACUCCUCAGCAAAGUGCCAUUGAAGCAUGAAUAUAUUGAAAAUGUUGGAGACUGUCACAACCACAUGAUUGGGGUUGGACCAGUCUUGAAUAUCUACCCAUGGAAUAAAGAACUUUAUUUGAUCAGGUACAACAACUAUGACCGGGCUGUCAUCAAUACCAUACCUUAUGAUGUUGUCCACCGUUGGUAUACAGCACACUGGACUUUAACAGUAGAGUUGAGGAGACCUGAGAAUGAGUUUUGGGUCAAACUAAAGCCUGGAAGGAUGGGUGUUCUGUUUAUAGACAACUAGCGUGUCCUACAUGGCAGGGAAUCCUUCACUGGUUACCGCCAACUCUGUGGCUGCUAUUUAACAAGGGAUGAUGUAUUAAACACUGCUCGUCUCUUGGGGCUUUAGGCUUAAUAUUGACAGCACUGGUAUUAUGAACACACUUGGCACCCUGGCUACCAGUAUUUUAUAUGAACAGAAUAGUAUUGUGUCAAAACCCAUUUCAAAUUGUCUCCUUAUCCCUUCACAUAAAACAGAAGUCACCACUUUCUCUAGUAGGGAAACCCAUUAGAGAGAUGCUUCCAGUUAUCUGAUAUCAGUCAUUUAGUGUGAUACUCUCUUCUCCAAGUUGUAAACAUGAGGUCAUUUGUUUUUUAGACAUUUUGAUAUAAUUUUUGUCAAUCUACUUCAGAAAUACAAUGUCCACGCUGACAGGGAAACAAAAAUAGUCACUAGGUAAAAAUUUAUUGCAACUAGAUCGGUUAGAACAAAAUGCAUUCUAGGAAUAACAGUCUUGAUAAAGCAGUGAUUUGCAAAACUUUUGGUCUUAGGAUACCUUAACACUCUUAAAAGUCAUUGAAGACCUUAAGAGUUUUGGGGUGUUGGUUAUAUCUAGUGAUACUAAUUGUAGUAGAUACUAAGACGGAGAAGGGUUUAAAAUUCAAAAACACAAAAGCACACAUUCCUUGGCUAUCACAGAGAUGACAUCAUCACAUGUCACAUAGCCUCUGGAAAAGUCCUCUAUACAUUCAAUAGAUAAUGAGAAUAGAAAAGACAAAUAUCAUCUUAGUGUUAUUAUAAAAAAAUUGUUCUUAACCCACAGACCCACUUAAAGUGUUUCAAGGACCCUCCAGGUUUCUUCAGACCGCACUUUGAGAACCAGUGGGCUAGGGGAUACCUUGGGACAGUCCUUUACAUAAGCCUGUGGAUUAAAGAGUUUAGUUGAAACCCUAGAUUUUUCUCUAUAGUCACUAGAUCUACAGACACCAUAGGAAUUCCUUAAUAGCACAAGCUCCGUGAUAAGGUAAGAACUGAAUAUAAACAUAGUGUUUUAUCUUGUCAAAAAGAUCAUCUCCAUCCAAGUCAUCUCUUGAGGGAUUAAACUAAAGAGUCACAAUAGCUCCUGUGGAACAAACCCAUCAGUUGCAGAAAGUUUUUAGAGACUUCUGAGGUCCCAUAUGAUAAUUCAUACAUCCAUACACAUACACACACAACACAGGAGAGUGCAGAGGGUUAGUCUAUAAGAUUGUUCAUGGAACUCAUCAUCAUGGAUGAUGUACCUCCAAAGAUAUGGAGUCAUCCAAACUUUCAUUCUGGCUUUUGAUGGAUUUAGGAUACAAUCUGUUCUCCACUUCUGCAGAUUUCUUAUAACUUUUUUUCCCUCUCUUAAAAUAUUAUGCAUGAUAAUUGCCAAGAUUUGACUGGAUUAAGGAUAAUACAUUGCUUCUUUUAUUUUUUUAAUGGCUUCUUUUAUAUAUGGAGACUCAGAGAUAAGUAUGAAGCUUAUUUCGCCCCGGCUGUCAUUGCAAGGAAAGCUGUAUACAAUAAUAACUGCAUUGACCACUGUAGAUGAUGAACAAGAAUCCAGGGCAGGGUGUGCACAAGAGGGAAACCAAGCAAAACAUUAGUGAGUAUAGGAGUCACAAAGCAAAGCAACGUCAGUAUUCUGACAGAAAGAGCCUUACUUGAUGUUUCAAGGAGUUACUAGUUCACAUUUAGAAAUUCACUUUAUUGACCCAUCUAGUGCUCCAAAAUAUGUUCACAAAAGAUUUCUGUACUUUAUUUGUACUAUAUGGGAAUCUUCAUGGGUCUUCCAUGAAAUCUGUUUCCCUCUUAGGUCAAAGGAUUGAUAAAGUUCAGGCCUGAAAAAGUAUAUACCCAUUAGCAAUCAAAACAGAAGUAACAUUUUAAUAUGCAAUCUUUUCUGUCUAGUUGUAUGUACUUCUAAAAUAUGUCACCAUUAGUCUACAUCAGGAUAUUUACCUUUCUUGAAGUUUUGCCCAAAUAUCCCUUAAAAUUAUACUAUAGCUGAGGUCAGCAUUGAUUAAUGAGAAGCAAAGGACAUAUUCAUGGCCCUGGAAAGAUAAGGAUACGGACGAAUUUUCUCCCUUACUGAAGUAUUCCUUUUACCUUCUGUCUACCCUGGGACCUUGAUUCUUUAAUUAUUUCAUCUUCACUUUCCUAAAUUUUCAAUCAAUACUUGUCUACAACAUACUCCCUUCAGAGGGAGAAAAAAGGAAGGGAUUUAUUUGAAUGCACUGAAUUCAUGGUGCACUGAAGAUUUUCUAUGUGAAAUGUUUCUUUUUUUGCAUCUCUUUCUAGUGUCCCUGAGAAUGAAAGCACAGGUGUAUGUCUACCAAGCUCACUGUAGAGUCACUCCUACCUUUUGUUAUGAUGUAACAGAAUCAGUAGAGUCUAGAGCACAGGAACCUAACAUAGUGUUUCAUAAUACAAAUUUGAUGGAAUAAGAAUAAAUUAAUGAAUCCUUUUCAAAGAAACUCAUCAAAAAUUGCCACACUGUAACUAUGUUCUUUUGUGAUUGGCUUAACUGGCACCGAAUUUUGUUCUAGAGUGACCAACCAUCCAAGUGUGACCAGGACUGGGAGGUUUCCUGGAUGCAGAACUUAGUUUUUUUUUUAUUAAGGUAUCAUUGAUAUACACUCCUAUGACGGUUUCACAAGAAAAACAAUGUGACCACCACAUUCACCCCCAUUAUCA